GCAUUUUAUUCCAUUAUUCCAUUCGAGGGUUGGGAUCCAUCCAGACAACUUCAUAUAGUUCUGAAAAAUCCCCCCCUCGCACACUCUCUUUUACCUUCCAUUCCUUACCGGGUCAGGAAGCCAAGUUCAUCGUUCAUCGUUCAAGCUGUAUAUGGGGGAUCUCUUUGUUUUUAUGAGAAAAGGAGAGAGAGUGUGUGUACAAACCUAAGAAAUUCGAGGUUGUGGUAAUAACCCCUCCUAUCGAACUGCGGCGCACUUAUCGAUCGCUUGAAGUAGCUAUCAAUCGUUACGAGCCGCAACACGAAUUAGGCUCUAUUUUAUUUUAUUUAUUUUAUUUUAUUUACUUUUUGUCUUCACCUCCUCGAUCCAAAACAGUCGCUUUCCUGAGACAUAGAUCAGCGUUGCGGUGAAUUCGAUAUUUAAGGGGGACCAAUGAAGAUCUAGCUACCCACAACUGCAACCACCACAAAACCACAACGACCACAACGACAACAACAACAGCAUAGUUGUCACCAAUCUAGCGAUCCAACAACUUAGUAUUCAACCAAUUCUAUGCUCCAAGUGUUGGAACUGUUCUAAACCCAAUAAUUAUUCCAAGACAAGUUACGAAAGGCCCGACUUCUACUCGUUACCUCUAUCUCCACUCACUCCAGCUUAAAUAAUUUACUAGAAAGAUUGCCCAACGAAUACUGCUUUUUUUGUUAGAAGUACCCGAUAAACCCAAGGUUUAAAUCGCAACCAAGAUGGAUCCUAAUAAUCGUCUCUAUCUUAACUUCAACGGUAACGACCGGCUUGGUGGUCCUUCAGAUCGCCAAUACCCUACCACACCCUCGACCUUCCCUCAACCUAUCUUCCAGACGCCUUCGCAACAGCAUCUUGCUGCCCAACAAUCCGCCUCUCAGCAAUAUGGUGGUGGAUAUGCUCCCCAGGGCAGCUACUUUGCGCCCAACCCGUAUCAAGCCCCCGCCGACUACGGUAACGCUCAAGCUGGAGCAUACCAACCUCGAUCCAACACUCCGGGUACUAAUGACCCCAAUGUCGGCUUAGCUCACCAGUUCUCCCAUCAGAAUCUAGGUGGUGCUGGUCGAGGUAGUGCUUAUGGAUCGCGAGGCCCUUCCCCAGGUCAACGACCUCGAACUGCAGGCUCGUCUGGCCAGCAACCUGGCUAUAGCCAUGCGAACGCUUCUCCCAUGCCUGGCCAAGGUUCUCGUCAGUCCGACUUCCAACCCGCACCCGAACGAAACCCCGAGAAAUAUGGUAUCAACGCGAACAACAACCAGAAGAAGUGCUCGCAACUAGCCGCCGAUUUCUUCAAGGAUAGCGUCAAGCGCGCUCGCGAGCGCAAUCUGCGACAGAACGACUUGGAACAGAAACUCUCGGAACCUAACCAAUCCUCGUCGAGGCGCGAGCAAAUUUGGCAAAACGGCGGCAAGAAGGAAGCGCGCUAUCUGCGAUUCCUGCGAACGAAGGAUAAGCCAGAAAACUAUACUACCGUUAAGAUCAUCGGAAAGGGUGCCUUCGGAGAAGUUAAGCUGGUGCAGAAGAAAGCCGACGGUCAGGUCUACGCUAUGAAGUCCCUCAUCAAAACCGAAAUGUUCAAAAAGGACCAAUUAGCCCACGUUCGAGCUGAGAGAGAUAUCUUAGCCGAGUCGGACAGCCCUUGGGUUGUUAAGCUCUUCACGACGUUUCAAGAUGCCAACUUCCUCUAUAUGCUCAUGGAGUUCUUGCCUGGUGGAGAUUUAAUGACGAUGCUCAUCAAGUACGAAAUCUUUUCCGAAGACAUUACACGGUUCUAUAUCGCCGAGAUCGUGCUAGCUAUCGAGGCUGUUCACAAGCUUGGUUUCAUUCACCGUGAUAUCAAGCCUGAUAAUAUUCUUCUCGACCGAGGCGGGCACGUCAAGCUUACCGAUUUUGGUCUAUCCACGGGUUUCCACAAACUUCACGACAACAAUUACUACCAACAGCUCCUGCAGGGUAAAUCUAGUCGGCCUAAGGAUCGGAACUCGGUUGCUCUUGAUCAGAUUAACUUGACGGUCAGCAACCGUUCCCAAAUAAACGAUUGGAGGAAGUCUCGACGAUUGAUGGCGUACUCCACCGUGGGAACCCCCGAUUAUAUCGCCCCCGAAAUCUUCACAGGACACGGCUACACAUUCGACUGCGAUUGGUGGUCGUUAGGUACUAUCAUGUUCGAGUGUCUUGUCGGCUGGCCGCCCUUCUGCGCUGAAGACAGCCACGACACGUACCGGAAGAUUGUCAACUGGAGACAAUCGCUUUACUUCCCAGACGAUAUCACUCUUGGUGCUGAAGCCGAGCACCUGAUCCGAAGUCUCAUCUGCAACACCGAGGUGCGACUCGGAAGGGGUGGUGCUCAGGAAAUCAAGAACCAUGCCUUCUUCCGCGGUGUUGAAUUCGACAGUCUUCGACGCAUCCGGGCUCCCUUCGAACCUCGUCUUACAUCUGCUAUCGACACAACGUAUUUCCCAACUGACGAGAUUGACCAAACAGAUAAUGCCACGGCUUUGAGAAACCAAGCCAUGGCAGUUGGCAAACAAGUGGAGGAGUCGCCUGAGAUGAGCUUACCGUUCAUCGGGUACACGUUCAAGCGGUUCGAUAACAACUUCCGUUAAGCGUUCAAGAUUGUUUACUAGUCACAACUAUUCGGCCCUUUCCAAGCUUUCUUGGCUUGUAAUUCUCAAGAGCUGAAAUUAGGACAAUAGAGAAUUUGGACUUCGAAGAGGGGGGAGGGGACGUGGCUCUGAGCCAGUAAUUUGUCUGGCAUAUCCCUAGAUCCAGGAAAUAAUGAUGCGGUGAGAGACCUGGUAGUCUCGUAUCAGAAAAAAAAAAGAAUAGAAAGUGAAAUUUCUGAAAUGACUGAAAUGAAGACAUGGUGGUCUUGAUCAUGUUAAUAUCCCUGGCCACCUAGUAAACCGUGAGAUGAUAUUGUUUUUGCAUUCCGCGA